UCAACCCACGAGAUCUCUCUCUCUCUCCCUUUGCAUCUUCUGAUCUGUAGAAACCUGAAGAACACUCUUCCGUAAAUCCCAAGUUCUCCAAAACCCUAAUCUCAAAAACCAUGGGUUUGAUCCCCCAUCAGCAACAAACGAUCCAGGAAUCUCACUACCAUACCCACAAGAUCUUCCUCUUCUCCAACUACAUUCUCCUCGGCGCAGCGUCAAGCUGCAUCUUCCUAACUCUCUCUCUGCGUCUCAUCCCCUCCAUAUGCGGUUUCCUCCUCAUCCUCCUCCACGCAACCACGAUUGCAGGCGCCGUCUCCGGCUGUGCCGCCGCCUCCUGCGGUAGAAACCGCUGGUACGCGGCUCACAUGGUGGCCACCGUCCUCACGGCCAUAUUCCAAGGCUCUGUCUCAGUUCUGAUCUACACCAACACGUCGAACUUCCUCGGUAGCCUCAAGUCUUACGUCCGGGAGGAAGAUGCGGCCGUGAUCCUGAAAAUGGCUGGUGGGUUGUGCAUUCUGAUCUUUUGCCUCGAGUGGGUUGUUCUCGUUCUGGCCUUCUUCCUCAAGUACUAUGCUUACGUUGAUGGGGGUGACAGUGGUGGCGUCGCCAUGAGGAGGACGGGUAAGGUACAAAACGAGGAGAACCCCAAGGACUGGCCGUGGCCCUUCCAAGUUUAAACCAUUUCUCUUCUGAUGAGAAAUGUUAAACUUCUGAAUAUCUUGAGUUCUUGUGGGGUUUUGAAUCAAAUGUCGGUUUGAUCUUGUUUCCGGAAUUGUUUUGAUUUGUUCAGUUGUUUCUGAGGUGUUCUCUAUAUCCAUGUUGAUGAAUAUAUUAUAUAUAUUGAUUUGUUCA